GACGAAACACCGCAACAACGCCAAAGGCACAACCAAGAACGAUGAGCCAAGAUGCGCAGGCUGGUUCUCGCCAACCAUACCACCCUUACGCGUUGAAGUCGACCGCCAGCUUCCCAGCGCACCUGAGCUGUGAUGAGUGGGCGAUGGUCGUGGAGCAUGUGCUAGCAAACCCAUACGGGACUGUGAACACAGAAGACGUGCGAGCAGUGUUUAGCCUCAUUCGGACCUGCCGCUGCCUGUACACAGAGCUGCCCAUGCACCUGCCCAAAUGGCGCUUCAUCAAGCACAAGAACUACGGCGGAUCGCGGGUCACACGCACGUGGAUCGAGCCAGAGGCUUUCCUCUUCAACACUGACAACACACACAACAGCGGCGACGAUUGUGUGCACGCCGGAGUCGACGACAGCGGGCAAACGCCACCGGACGCUGCUGAUGCUGAGGCAUCCUCCACUGAUCUUGUCAACAGAACGGAAAGCGCGCCAUCGCGCAGCACUCCACACAACUUGGAAGUGUGGGCACAGCAGCGGCUUCUCGUGCACGCUUGGCUCGGUGUGCUGUGGGACAGCAAGAUACAGCUGCUCCGCACGAUGCACUGUCCACGCAACGGUGCUGCUUGCUCAUUUCGCACAGCUUUCGCAACAUGCGGUCGCGUGCAUUUUGACUCAUUGAACGAUCUUCGCGCUUGGAUCAGCCCAGCACCUGCCCAUGAUGAAGGCGAUGGCGACAGGGAUGAGAGCCAAGACGACCACAACAACGACCACAGUGACCAGCAGCAGAACAACCACAGCUCCGCCGAUCCCUUCACCCUUGACACCAUCCACCCUCUCACAGACGAUCACGACGACGACGACGACGACGACGACGACGACGAUGAUGAUGAUGAUGAUGAUGACGGCGAUGAUGACGACGGCAUCGAUGGAAGCUCCAGCGGCCACCGAGGCAAGAAAGCCAGGGCAAUGUCCAGCGCUUACGCUAGCAGCUCGGUGUUGCUGCCAGCUGGUUUUGUGUUGCAUGCUGUCCUGGAAAGUGAGGCGGAAGCCGCAGAGUUGGCUCACCUGCGUUCCAUGCUGGGCACUGUGGCUGCAGACACAAUCCGCGUGAAAUCUCAGUGUUCCCUUGAGCGCUUGUCUCUCGACAACACUGAGGAAGUGUGUCUCCACACCGACGAGCCUGUGCAGCAUGUCGCCCUCAAACAUGUUCGCAAGCUGCGCUGGACCAUUGCGCCAGAUCAGCUGCGGAUCGCCGGUGACCUGCAAGGCCUGACAAGCGUCACCCUCACAGGUGCCCACAUGGGCGACGUACGAGCCAGAACAGCCGAUGCCCUCGGCCGAUCGCUGGACGUAAGCGCGCUGGCCUCUGUGCCUACAGUGCACGUCAUCGACGUUAGCAGUCUCAGAGACGCAUCGGCCCUCGCGCACGUGCAGGAGGUGCGCUUGGAGCAUACGCGUGUGUCCGACAUCACGGCUCUGCGCGACGUACCCCGGCUGGCCGUCACGCGUUGUUACGACGUGAGCGUCAACAACAUCACCCUCAACGGCACGGACAUUCGCUUGGCGACUGUCAACGUUCGAGGAACACUGCGUGUGCCCAACGCCACCUCCAUCUCCGUGUGGGAGUGCAGUGGAAUCGACGCCGUUGUGUGCGGUAGUCCCCACAUCAACAGCAUUGCGGCAGAGCACUGCAGCAGCCUUGAAACCAUCACUCUGCCCCCGCUGCGGCACCUUGGCAGCAUCUGGCUGGCAUAUUGCAACAGCGUGUCCUCACUCACCCUAAACCUGGUGGAGCCGCACAACGAAUACAGUGACAUUGACAGCGCGACCGGCCAGCACCGCCAGCGAUACCACCACGACGGAAAUGCCCCGUACCCAGAUGUGGGCGCAAUCCAGUGCUACUGUUUCCGCGAGAUAACGUUCAAUGGUACCCACUUUGGGCACCUUUCAGUGGAAGAGUGCGAGUUCUUUCGCGGCGUGAACGCUCCGAACGUUGUGUACAUGGACAGCGUCUACAUCGACCGCUGUGAUGAGUUUCCCCACGUGCCAGAAGGUGUGACACAGGUUGGCCAGCUGCACAUCACCAACUGUUACAGCCUCCAUACACUCCACCUCCCAAACUUGGCCUCUGCGCACAUCAUUCAGCUGGACGCCUGUUAUGCUGCAAAGGACAUUUCCUGCCCACUUGCCCAUGUGGACACGCUGUCGAUCGCGGGAUGCACGAAGCUUGAGCGCAUUCGCGUCCACAGUGCUGCCACACUCAAGGUUUUACGCUGCUCAAGCUUGACCAAGCUAGAAUGCGAGAAUGACUGCUUCCAACUGCUUCGGGUACUGUCCUGCCCACGGCUGAGCGCUCUUCCCCACAUCGCCAGCGCCGUGGAGGUUGACGUGGAAUCACAUGUGGCGGAGCACAACCUGCAGCAGCUGGGUGCGUGCGCGCGCAAGCUGUGCUUGCACGGAGAAGCUGCAAGCUGUUUUUCUUCCUUGCAUGUGGUACCGGACGACGUGCAAGUGCACGUGUUCGACCUAGACUCGCGCGUUAUCCGGCGCCCCUCUCCUCCUUCGUGCGUGCAGGAGGUGCACGUGCACGUGACGGCUGACUUGGACGUGCAGCCGCUGCGAGAUGUGCCUGUCAUCAGCUUAAAGAGCCGCGCGGACAUGCGGUAUGCGAAGGCGGUGGUCCCUGUGAUUCGGGGUCUCGACAGCCUGCGCUCUGUCACCAACAUCAGCAUUACAGCAUGUAACUUAGCAAAAGCAGCAAUCGUUGGAUGCGCACAAGUGAGGGUGACAAAAUGCCGCGGUAACAUUCGCGUUUGCAACAGCCAGCUGUUCUGGGUGAGCAGUUGUUCACAGCUUGGUAUUCAAGCAGAAAACGUGCACAAGGUGGUGUUGAGCGACGUGCAGCUGACCGACCACGACAUUGCACUGCACAACGUCCACGCGUGCUACUGCACCUCCUGUAUCGUGCAAGACUUUGCUGGGUUUGCAGGUGUGCAGGACCUGAGGCUGACCCGGUGCCACUUUGAUAACAUUGCAUCGCUACCUCAAGUUGGUGAGCUGCACGUGUCCUCGUGCCGCCAUCAUCAGCACGAGCAGCGAUAUCUGAGAUGGCCAGACGUCGUCUUUCAUGCCAAGUCCCCUCAACACAUGCAGGCGGAAUUGCGCGCGGGGGAAACACGCAUUUCAUAGCGGCUGUGUGUGUGUGUGUGUCUGUGUGUGUCUGUGUGUGUGUGUGUGCUCUGUCCACUGUUUUCCG